AUGAAGAAUGUUGAAAACAAAGAUGCAUCCAAUUCUGAGACUUUUGCAAAGUCCAAAAUCAUUAUGGAAGAUGAUGUCAGAGGUGAAUUUGAUUUACCUUCUUCUUCAAAGAAGAGAAAGAAGAUGGAAGAUAUUAACGAUGAAUUGCCGAGAAAAAAAAGAAAGAAGGUGUUUCGGCCUAAAUUGGUGUCUCAAAUACCUAAAAGAAGAAAAAAAUCUCAAGUGAAAAGUAACACUCCAAAACCUUCAACCCCAGAACAAAGAGAAAAUAAUAUAAGAAAGGGUGGCUAUUAUUGCGAGAGGAAGUUGUUCAAUGAAGAUUCUUCAAAUGCUAGCAACGAAAUAGGCAUUCAACACAAUUCAGUGCAAAGUUAUCAGAAAGUGUCAUCCUUAUCAGGUUUAUGUGUUCUAAAAGAGAAUCAAAUUGGAUCAAAUUUUCCAUUUUUGUUCAAGAAAAAGAGAGUCCUUAAACGAAGAUUGCAUUUGCUAAAAUUCUUGACCCCUAUUGAAAAAAGGAGAUCAAAGUGGUUCACUAGAAAGAGAAGAGAAAAGGUAGAUUUCAGUGUAGAAGAUAGCAAUUUCAAGAAUAAGAUGCUGAUAAAUAGAAUCAAGAAGUUUUCUUCUCUGAUGACAAAAGAUAAAAGUAAAAAGAUCAAUGAGCUUGAUAACUGCACAGACUCUCGAAAAAAAUUGGUUCUUCACAAAAAGGCAGCUUUAAAUGAUAGUUUACUUGAUGAGGAAACAUCAAGAAUGUGGGGUUUGCUGCAGCAGGAAAAAGGGUAUGAUGAGAAUGAUGAGAUGAAGAGAAAAUAUUGGGAAAACAUCAGAAAGAUAUAUCAAUGCAAGGUUGAAUCAUUCAUAGAUCACAUGCAUUUCAUCCAAGGAGAUAGACGUUUUCUACCAUGGAAAGGUUCAGUUUUGGAUUCUGUGAUUGGAGUCUUCUUAACACAAAAUGUGGCUGACUAUUUAUCAAGCUCCGCAUUCAUGUCACUUGCUUCAAAGUUUUCUUUAGAGAAAAAAGAAGAGACAAUUAGUACUGAAUUUCAGAAUGAAAAAGAAAAGAAAGAAGAUGAAGAUAAGAAUGAUGAGAAGGUUAUUACAAGAAAAAGUUUGAAGAAUGAUGAGAAAAAGAAAACAAGAAAACAAAAAGAACAAGAGGAAGAGAUGAAAAAAAAGAGAGAAUAUUGGGAUUUAUUAAGAAAAAUAUAUACUAAAAAUUUUCGAAGUGAAGAUUAUAUGGAUUCUGUGGAUUGGGAAGCAGUGAGAGUUGCAAAACCAAGAGUACUUGCACAAACUAUAGCAUCUCGAGGUCAGCAUAAUAUUAUCGGUGGUAGAGUACAGACUUUACUUAAUAGUUUGAUGGAAUCCAACGGAAGCCUAGACUUGGAAUGGUUAAGAUAUGCUCCACCAAAAGACGUAAAAGAAUAUCUGUUGGCCAUAGAAGGAUUGGGAUUAAAGAGUGUAGAGUGCAUUAGACUUUUAGCCCUCCGUCACACUGGUUUUCCGGUGGACAUAAAUGUUGCAAGAAUUGUUGUCCGUUUAGGAUGGGUUCCCAUCCAACCAUUGCCAGAAUAUAUUCAAAUACAUAAUUUAGAGAUCUUUCCUGAUUCAGAUAAAAUUCAAGAAUACCUUUGGCCACGGUUAUGCACACUUGAUCCGCCUCAAUUGUAUGAAUUGCAUUAUCAACUUAUAACUUUUGGAAAGGUCUUUUGCACAAAACAAAAGCCAAAUUGUAAUGCUUGUCCAUUGAAAAGUGAAUGUAAAUAUUUUGCAAGUGCUUUUUCGAGAGAAAAAUUAGCCUUGCCGGAAUCAAAGGUAGAUUACGAGGAUAAAACAGCAUCAAAAUUUGCUUUACCCGAACCAACAUGUCUGAUUUAUGAGCCAAAAACAUGUGAACCUACGAUUGAGCUGCCACCAUCACCAGAACAUGUCGAUGAUUGUAAAGACAUUGAAGACAUUUCAAAAGAUUAUUAUAAUUCAGAAUCUAACGAAGAUAUCAGUCUAUCCACAGCUAUAAUUACACCUUAUGCAGAUCAUAUUCCUAUGCAAAAAAUGAAGGAUGUUAGUCGUCUAAAAACGGAGCGUUUAGUUUAUGUUCUUCCAGAUAAUCAUCCUUUGUUGUCGGCGAUGCAGUGUGAACAAAGGCAAGCAGAUGAUCCUUGCCCUUAUCUCCUAAUAUUAUGGGAAAGAGGUGAAUUAGAAGAUUCGUGUGAAUCAAAUUUGGACGAGGAAGCAAAUACACUUACUAUACCUGCAACUCUUUUGAUACCAUGUCGAAGUGCUAUGAGGAGUCGUUUUCCACUUAAUGGGACGUAUUUCCAAGUUAAUGAAGUGUUUGUUGAUUAUGCUUCAAUGAUACAUCCUAUCAAUGUACCAAGAAAGUGGUUAUGGAACUUAGAUCAACGAAUAGUUUAUAUUGGGACCACUGUAUCAUCAAUCAUGCGAGGUUUGUCUCUGGUUCAAAUUCAAGAUUGUUUUUGGAAUGGUUUUGUUUGUGUGAGAGCAUUUGAUGUGAAGACCAGAGCACCUAGACCUAUAUCUGAGAUGUUACAUCGCAACACAACUGCUAAACUUAGAAAAGGUAAAGGAACAAAAAAAUAA